GGUGAUCAGUGAGUGUGACAACUACAACCAUUAUGGUGCCACAUGUUGACGGAGGGUCAGGGGUCACGCCCGGGCCUACACGGGGAUAAUGGCCGCUCACCUGAUUAACAAAACUAUGCUCAAACCAAACAACUUUGAAAUGAUGUUUACCGCGGCCUGCCUGCCUCCAGGGACGGCUCUCGCCUAGUGCUGCCUCGUUCGCUCUCCUGCAGGGUCGCGGCCUCACUUCUUGACCCGGAGUGUUCAAAUUUCGUAAUUUUUUUUUCCUUGAGCUGGUGAAGAGUGAAAGCUUCCAGUUACAACAGUGUUGGUGUAAUUUCGGAAUCAUAUAAGGUGCAGCUUACGUGUUGUUAGAUACUUUCUCACACCCCAGUCUGAGGGAAGGUUUGGCUAAUGGAUCUCUGGAAAUCCUGCUGUGUGUUUAUGUUUGUGUUGAAAAAGAAAAGUUAGCGACGAACGGUGUUAUAUUCCGUGACGAAGAAAGAUUUUGAGAAUAGGUCUUACUUUUCUUUAAGUGACACCGUUAUGAAUAGUUUGUGAGGGUGUGGCUGUGUGGGUGUUGGUGAGCGGUGGGCCGGGUGCUGUCCGCCUCACAAACACUGGACACAUUAGGCCGGUCAUUAAUGGUCUUUUUUGGGCCUCUGAUGGACUCGAAUCCCCUGAACACCCACCGCUUCGCCACCACUAACGCCACCGCCUCCACUACCAACGCCACCGCCGUCAUUACCAACACCACCGCCGCCACUACCAACGCCUCUGCUGCCGCUACCAACAUCGAUACUGCCACUAACGCUAUUGCCACCGUCUCUGCCACCACUACUAUCACCGACUCUGCUACUGCCAACGACAGGGUACCCCACGAAGCUGCUGUGACCUGGAGGCAGAGACGAGAGGGCGGCGCCGUGACCUUAGCCUCACACGACCUCCCUCACCAUUAUCACCACCACCACUACUACAACCAUCACCACUAUCACCACCACCACCACCACCUGUGUCGCCGUCAUCUCCACCACCGGAGCCAACACCAUGGCGCAGUAGAGAUCGGUCUCCAACAUGCAACUUAGGAACACCAUGAUUCUAGUGUUGGUGGUUUGGCCGCUGGUUAUAGGCUGGGCGCGCUCUCAACACGACGCUGACGCCAUCCACGAGCGAGCACGCCGAGCUCACCUCAAGAGAAGAAUGCUUGAGCGACUGGCUGAACGAGGGAUCAAGUUGGCGGAGCGUGAGAGUAUGGCCGAAGAGCUAUUGUCUCGGCUAGAGCACCACCACUUGGCCAGCACCACCACCGAGCCUCCUCAGUUCCGCCACAAGCGCGACCACCUCGGCAGCUUCCUCAGGGACUCCCACUCGUCCCACCACCAACAGCGCACUCCCUCACAUCUCUUGCAGGAACAGCCAGUUUAUCCUGAAAUGCUGCCAUAUUCUGAAGCGUAUUCUGAAUUGGAGGAACUGGUAGAUGACACCCGUCAAGAUGUCGCGCGAAUCGAGGAAGUCAUAGCUGAAGUAGAGGAGGAAGAAGUAUCACGAGCCGUACAACAUCAGUUCCUCGUCGCUGGACUGCUAGAUCAGAUGAGGGACAAACGGCAAACUUCUCGCCCAUCCAGGGAAGAGCGAAGACAGGCGCGUCAAAGAAGAAGAGAGGAGCGUCAAAGAAGAAGGGAGGAAAAGAAAGGGAAGAGAAACGAAAAGAAAAGGAAAAAAAGACUGAAACUUCCACCAGGAGUGGAAAGCCUGAUAAGAGAUUCUACCAUUGAACUUCAUGAUGAAGAUGGUGAGAAGUUUAUUGACUGUUGUCCUACAAAGCGAAUCUUUGUAAAGAAAAUGGUAGGAAAAGCCCGCGAUAACCGCGCCAUGGAUAUAGAGGAAAAUCACCAGCAAUUUGAAGAGCAUGUGUGUUUAGAGGAGUAUGAGGGCAAGGAGUGCAUCUUCCCGGUCAAGGCACUGAAGCGGGGCACUGUGACCCGCUGUGUCCAACAGUACUCAUACUCCCAGGCUCUUACUCGUCCCUACCAGUCGAAUAAGGACUGGAAGUAUGGCUAUGUGCAGACGAGGUCUGGAUGCUCGUGUCAAGUCAGUGUCAAACGCAAAAAUAAAAAGAAAAAGAGGAAGAGAUGAGGCCAAGAGAACCUGGGUCAGAGCAAGUGCUUGGCCCCGCGGGAUAUUCUCAUGAGAAUCUCAGCACUGUCUCGGUCCCUCCAGUGUCCCUUGUUCUCACUCUGGUCUUAAAACUUGUGGUUUCUGCACCAAUACCUCGAGUAUUGGGAAAUGAGACAUUAGUAGAAAAUAUAUUACUUAAAACAAAGGUAGUGAUGGAAAUCCAACGAGACCUGCAUUUAAGUGUUUCAAUUUGCAUUAAAAGUAUUGACUUAGCUGCAGCUACAGUGUUGGCAGCGACUGGAGCUGCAUGAGUGCAUAACCUGGCAGAGCUUGUAUUAAGGGCAGCGUACUUGACGUCUACCCUACAGCAGAGGCUCAGGAGCAGUAGGGGACGGGGUGGCGGCCGCAUGGAGGCUGAGUGGCCGCGCCCCGCUUCAUCAUUACCUCAGUGCUCACGUCUUGACGUGAUGUACCAAAACCCGACGAACCGGGUCCGCCCGGCGAAACCGCUAACACUCACUUUCUCACCUUCACCUCUACUUCAGUAAAUCUUCUUGAAUCUCACAAUUAUCAGAUCUUGUAUUUAUUUAGUGUUUCUUCAUGUUUUCAUAUCUAUUAACUAAUACAUGUACAUACUAGAAUUACUUUGUAUAUUUUGAGUUUGACAUGACAAUAAGCAUUUCUUGUCUAUUGUAUCAUAUAAGAUAAAAGUAUAUUUUUCUUUACUUUUAUUAAGAGUUGUCAUAAAGGUAUUAACCCCUGGCGUGGAGAACCUGUAUCUACUCCACAACCCCUUUACCCAGGGCCCUUACACCCACAACCAUACCCUCAUCCACAGCCAUGUCCACAUUCACCACCAUAUCACUACCCAUAUCCACCAUAAUAUCCACCACCCACAACAAACCUUAGUACCCUCACAUCGAAAAGGCGUUCCAUCACACUGGUCAACUAGGGAUCUUGUUAAUCUGUCCCAACCAUCUUUUUCAUUGUCAAGAGACCCUGUGACCCCUGAACCCAAGGAUGACACUUGCCCUUUACCACAACAUCCAUAAACCAUGAUUUGUUUAUACAUUAGUGCACACAACUAUAGGACACCUUUACACACACAUCCCUUUCCGAGACUUCUUAUCACCUAGGAAUUGUGAUGCCAAAGGUCCCUAUCAUCUACAAGUCUCCAUUGCCAAGGGUCCUUAUGUCAUCUAUAACCCAUUGCCAUAUUACUUAUUUUUAUGAUUAACCAACUCUGCUACACCUGCAGACAAAGAUAUUCCAACGUGAUUAUUAAGGAUAGUAAUUAAAGCUUGUGGGUUUUCGUUGAUCAAAUACUGUGGCCAAAGGUCUAUCGUUUUCUUCACCCCCAUAUUCUUUUAUGAAAUUUGUUGUCAAUUGUGGCCACUUACAAAUUGUAACAAUGUUGCCACGGACCUGUGUUGUACUGCAAGCCAUUGUUAAAACAAUGGCUUAUUUCCCAUGUUCCAUGUGGCCACUAGUCCAUGUCACUUUUUGUCAUCAUGUAGAUAGUUUCAGAACAUUUUCCUAUCUAAAGCAUUAGUAUGUAUGGAAUAUUCAUUAUUUAAAUGGCCAAAUUAUAAUGAGUUACUAUUGAGCACCCGUUUUCUCCUGGCAAGAAACCUGUGUACCAUUAUCACUCCCAGCUCAAGACUCCCGCGUUGUAUCCAUCUUGCCAGUAGAUGUCCCUAAAGCCCUAAUAAAUCACCCUUUUGUCACUCUGUGAUGCUUUAUUAUUCUAUUUCUUUAUAUCAUUGUUUCUUGAUGUAUCAUGGAGUCUUUUUCUUCCCGAAAAUGAAACGUCCACUUCACUUGUUUUCAAAAAUUAGCUGUAAUUCUUCUGUCUCAGCAAUUUUGGAACUUUCACAUCUACAGCUGUAUCUACUAGACCCAGCCUCUACAUCAUUCAUUCUUAAAGCAACAUCCUGUAGAGUCUCACUCAUUGCACUCUUUAUACUUUUAUUCAAGGUUUGCCACACUUUAGUUUGUGCUCUCCCACCAGCCCAUAACUGUUGAUACCACUCUAAACUUCCACCUUUACUUCCAUUACUUACUAACGCGUUAGUUAAUCUAGCUUUAUUUCUACAAGGAACUUUAAAUGUAUUUGACAUCGAAACUGAACCAGAAUAUGUCACAAAUAUUUAAUUCUCCUACAAGCUACAGUAUUGCAUUUUCCCUAGACAUUAGCCUUUUCCAGAGUAAGCAUUUCAAAAUUGUUGAGACUAGAGAUGUUAUUCAGUUACAUUUUCAGGGCUCCCUCGUUGAUGUUUAUAAACAAGUAAAUAUGUAAUACUUCAGGGAAUAAUAUUGUGUAAUCACCUGUAAGACCCGAGUGACACCAAAGGAAUACACGUACAGUACAUCCCAUACAGCGUAGAAAAGACUUAUGGUUCAUCGAAUACAAAAUUAUAUCGAUCAUUAAUGAUUCAUUACAUUUCAUUAAGAAUAAGAAUCAAUCAUAUCGUCCAACGAGUCACGUCACACUAUACUGGACAUUAACCUUCAAGAAAUUUUGUUCCUUUGUCUUGAUGUCCUCAUGGCUUUGUUCAGUACUUGUCUUGUAUGAAAACAGGUACAGUCUAUAAAUUUCAUUUCCCUCACUAAAAUAUCUUCAGCAAUUCUGAAUUUUCCUUAUAAGUCCACAUGUAUCUGCUUUGUUUGAAAUUCAGUGUCCUUGUUUUGUAAAAUUUAUUGAUGUUAUCUGUUUGCUUGGCUCUACAACAUAGUAACUAACUAGGCAGUUUCUCCUCCUAAGAAUUAUGUCCCAGAAAUAAAUGUGCAUGUCUUUCCAUUAAUAUCCUCAAACCUCUAUGUUUUGUCCUUAGUAAUAUGAAUGUCACGUGGCAUGGUCAUUUUGUGUGCAAUAGCAAAUGUAACUAAAAUUUUAUGUGCCAUAUUUGUCUCUUUGUUUCAAUCCAAGACUUGGCGCAAUGUUAAGUCUUAUGAACUUUUUGCCUUCUGUCUUCUUUCCCACUCUCUAGCAUGCUUUAUAUUUUCAGUGUGAAUCUGUGUCUGCACAUCAAUGUAACUUUUAUUCCUAAGCAUGUAAUGUGUCUGUCUUCUAGUGUCGGUCUGUGAUCCAUUUUUUUUUCAAUCACAGACUUGAGAUAUAACUCUAACAUCCAAGUUGCAAUUUAGUGUGUCAAGGAAAGUACUUAUCAUUUUAAUACUCAUGAUAAAAGUCUAACAUUUGCUGUUGAGUCUGUAAAGUAGAAGAUCAACAUUAGAAAAAAAAAUUCUGUUUAUGGGUCCUUGCAUCCUAGCAAACAUUCAUCCAUCUUGUUAAAAAUUUAAUGUUUUCGAUCAAGUUUGUUUUAAGUCAUAAUUUUAAUUGGUACAAAUAAUCCAUGAGCUAUUAAACAAUUAUAGUUGAGUUGCCUGGAGCGGAUACUGUUGUCACCUCCUAUGACGUGUGCAGAAUUUGUCAUCUUCAUAAGAUCCAAAUCACAAGAAUUUUUAUUGGCCGGAACUAUGCCAUUACACUUUGCUGUGGGAACCACAUAUAAAGUAAAUUAAAAUUUAGUGCAUAUUGGAUGUUGGUGUGUAAACCAUUAAUAAACGUACCCUCCCCCGCAGCCCUUCACCAGAAUAUCCUUCCUCACACUCUCAAGACCCAGGGUGCGUCACCUCUCCUAAGGGAAGGUGUGUGCUGGAGUUGUGGGGCAGAUUAUAGUUUCCAGUGAUAUUAUAUAACUUCUAAAACUUUAUUUGAGUUAUUUUUUUAUCAGUGUUUAUCCAUCAAUAAUUUGUCUUGGCUUAGUACAAUUACCUGGUCCCCCUUAACUUCAACAAAUUUCAGGAUAACUGAAAGUAGCCAUGGCUUUAUUUAGAGAUACAUAAAGAACACUAAAUGAUUGAUUUUUCCAGACGGAAUUCAUAGAUAAACUUAUUUUGGGUUCAGUAGCAAACAUUUUGAUGGAGACUCAAGUUUAGUUUUAGAUUUUUGGUUACAAACAAAUGUCCCAAGAAAAUGAAACAUCCCAGAACCCAUUCUACAGGUGUCUGCCAUAGAAUUAGGUUAUUUUCAUGUGACAAGAUGUUGAGUCAGCUGGCUAAGUUAUUUCAGAGAUGCAGUUGUUUUAUUGUUCUCUCGGGCUCAGAAUCUAUAAAAAGAAAAUUAUUAUUUUUUAUUUAUUGUUUAUUUGUGUCUUGUGUGCACGUUAAAUUCCUUGCACACUUCAGUUCAGUAGUUUGAUUGGUGAAAUUGAUCCAACAUUUACCAAUUACAUAUAAUGUUUCUUAGAAAUACAAGACCAUCUUACACGUUUAGUCAUAAAGAAAAAAAUAUUUACGUACUCAUUCCAGUUUGAGUAUGAGAAGAUUCCAUCAAUUCCUUUGCGUUUAACAGAAGAGAAAAAAAUAGGUGAUGAAUAAUACUGCCAGUUAUAUAACAUUCUUCCACUGUAGUAAUUAGAAAUGUGAGUUAAUAUAAAGUAUUAACUUGAAGAACAUGCUUUUAAAAUGUACUUAUAACAAAAAUUUAUGGUAAUUUAGGUUCUUUAGUGAACUUUUGUGAUUAGUAAUGAAACUGACGCCUAUAACUUACAAGCCAGACUCACGAACCCUCAGCUGAGCACACCUGCUGGUCUUGUCCACAUACUCUCUAGGCCUGAAGUGCCAGGGGCGGAUUCAGGGGGGUCCGGACCCCCCCUUUUCAGAAAAUUCCAAUAAUUUUUCUUUAAUACAGUAUUGUACUCAGGCGUUUUUAUAUAGUAAAGGGUAGUUACUAUUGACCUCAGAAUAUCUUCCAAUAUCAAGUGCACGUGGUUUCAAAAUGGCCUUAAAAUGCCCAUGGUAUUGGUCAGAUUUAAAAAAUAAUAAGCCCCCCCCCCCCUAGCUGGGUGGGUUCGUUGUGCUCGCCAUGUUUCCCCUACCCUACAAUAUUUUGGACCCCCCACUUUUGAGAUUCCUGGAUCCGCCCCUGAGUGCUGUUCUGCCAGACUUAAAAAUCAUUCCGUAUUUACUCAAACAUAUUGUGUGAAAUUUUUUUGAUUUUAGAGUAAAUCAUAUUUGUGAAAGAAUUUUAUGUAAUGAGUAUAUUACUGCCAGAUCAGACGUCAGUAAAAUAAACAAUAAAUUUGCACUUACAUUUCAUUCCUUUAUUUUCAUCCUUCAGCUUUCAUCAUUUAUUGUGUAUAUUAUUCCAUGCCUUGUAAAAUUCAUCAAAAAUUAAAUAGGAUAACUAUUCAAUCCUUUGUAAAAUUAGUAAAAUAGUUUGUGAGGAACCUGCGUUAAGAAGUAAGCAGGGUCUGUGACACAUAAGUUUGCAUGAUGGUUUAUACAUUGUCAAAAUCUAUAAUUAUUCUAUGUUGGUUGGCAUUUUACUGCCCAUGAUGUAUACAACAAGUUACAGCUUUCUCAUAUACCAGACUAACUGAUGACUCGUCUGUGAGGAUCAGUAUUAGUCAGUAUAAUCUAGAUUCUACAAAAUACAAGAUUAUGAAUUACAGUAUUUUAAAAGUAGUCUUGUCAUUGACUGAAUUUUCUGCAUUUUCAUUACUAAACUUUCAGCUAUUUCUUAUACAUUACUGUGAGCAAGUAGUGGGUGAAGGCUUUAACUGCGGAGGACCUAUAUGAAGAUCUGUUGGUAAGGUGAACAACACUUAGUGAUACAUACAACACGACAACAUUAAUAGCACUUGGAAUAAAAGACAUUACUGCCCAGACACUUCAAGAGGCCAGAUGUGAUGAAAUACUUCAAGUACCUGGAAAAUGUAGUCAAAGAGCAUCAAGCUGUUUACGCAGGCCAGAAACAGUGCAUGGAUGAUCUAGCAUUGUAUAUAAUAAAACUAUUAGUCCGAUA